UCUUAUGGCAGUGUCAGCGGAUAAUGUACGUCGUGUUGGUCGUGUUACUCUUGGAAUUGUUUAGGAUCUAGCAAAUAUUCACUGUUCAGGAAGUUAGCUGCGUUGUUUGUGGUUCAAAUUCUAAAUAAUGGCAGCAAAAGCAAUUCGAGAAGCAACUGGGAAAGAUUUGAUUAAUCGUAAACUUUCUAUUGGGACAAAAGCAGUAAAAUGUAGAUUUAUAUCUAUUACGGAAAACACAAACUGGAUUGAUAUCGUUAAUGAACAUUCGUGGCUCAAAACAGAAAGAUUAGUUGUUAAACCAGAUCAAUUAAUCAAGCGACGAGGAAAACUCGGAUUAAUUAAAGUAAAUGCAGAUUUAAUUGCAGUACAAAAAUGGGUUGAGCAGCAUAUGAAUAAAGAGCAACGCAUUGGCAAGGCUAUUGGAAAAUUAAAAACAUUUAUAAUUGAACCGUUCGUAUCACAUAAAUCGGAAGAAGAAGUUUAUGUUUGUAUCUAUUCUCAUCGUAAAGCUGAUACGAUACUAUUUCAUCAUCAAGGGGGUAUUGAUAUCGGAGAUGUUGAUGCUAAAGCUUUAAAGUUAAAUAUACCAGUUGGUAGUGAAAUGCCUGAUCGGUCUAUAUUGAUUAAUAAACUUUUGACAAAUGUGAUGGAUGAUAAAAAAAUGAUGAUUGCUGAAUUCAUAGAAUUUCUUUAUAAGCUGUAUGUCAAUUUACAUUUUACGUACUUGGAAAUCAAUCCACUAGUGGUUACGGAUAAUGCAAUUCAUAUUCUCGAUCUUGCGGCUAAAUUAGACACUACGGCAGAUUUCAUAUGUAAACCAGAUUGGGGAGAAAUCGAUUACCCGCCGCCAUUUGGAAGAGACGCUUAUCCGGAGGAAGCCUAUAUAGCUGAUUUAGAUGCUAAAUCUGGCGCUAGUUUGAAAUUGACAAUUCUUAAUCCAGACGGUCGUAUAUGGACUAUGGUUGCUGGUGGUGGUGCUUCUGUGAUAUAUUCAGAUACAAUUUGUGAUUUGGGAGCGGCUGAUGAACUGGCCAAUUAUGGUGAAUAUUCUGGUGCUCCUAGUGAACAACAAACUUACGAAUAUGCAAAAACUAUACUGAGUUUGAUGACAAAAGUAAAGCGUUCUGAUGGAAAAGUACUUAUUAUAGGAGGAGGAAUUGCUAAUUUUACAAAUGUAGCUGCAACAUUUAAAGGCAUUGUUAAAGCUCUUCAAGAAUAUCAGUCCAAAUUAGUCGAAUAUGAUAUAAGAAUUUUUGUAAGAAGAGCUGGACCUAAUUAUCAAGAGGGUUUAAGAAUUAUACGAGAAGUUGGUAGACGUUUAGGAAUUCCCGUUCAUGUAUUUGGCCCCGAGACACAUAUGACAGCUAUAUGUGCUAUGGCACUAGGAAAGAAACCAAUUCCUGAUCCAGAAGCUCAAGAAUUUUCAACAGCAAACUUUCUCCUACCAUCUGGGCAAGAUGUUGGACCACCAUGCACAGCAUCCAAGAAUAACGUACAUUCAUCAGAGCAGUUUAAAUUGAAAACUGUAGACGCAGUAAAUUCAGAAACCGAUAACAAACAACUUUUUAGUAAUAAAACGAAAUCUAUUAUUUGGGGUAUGCAAACAAGAGCAGUACAAAGUAUGCUGGAUUUUGAUUUUGUUUGCCGAAGAUCCGAGCCAUCCGUUGCAGCUAUUGUUUAUCCUUUUACUGGUGAUCACAAACAAAAGUUUUAUUGGGGUCAUAAAGAGGUUCUUAUUCCUGUUUAUAAACAAAUGAAAGACGCUAUGGCUAAACAUAUGGAUGCAGAUGUAAUGGUCACGUUUGCCUCUUUAAGAUCUGCUUAUGAAAGUACCAUGGAAACAUUACAAUUUCCGCAAAUCAGAACGAUUGCUAUAAUCGCGGAAGGUAUACCUGAAAAUAUGACCAGAAAAAUGAUUCUAGCAGCGCAACGAAGGAAUGUUACUAUAAUUGGACCGGCAACUGUAGGAGGUGUAAAGCCAGGCUGUUUCAAAAUCGGUAAUACAGGCGGAAUGAUGGAUAAUAUUUUGCAUAGCAAAUUGUAUAGACCUGGCAGUGUCGCUUACGUUUCUCGUUCUGGUGGCAUGUCAAAUGAAUUAAAUAAUAUAAUCUCCAAAGCUUCUAACGGAGUAUUAGAGGGUGUUGCUAUCGGUGGAGAUCGAUAUCCAGGAACUACCUUUAUGGAUCAUAUAAUGCGUUAUCAAAACGAUCCAGAUGUGAAGUUAAUCGUAUUGCUUGGAGAAGUUGGUGGUAUCGAAGAAUAUGAAGUAUGUGAAGCAUUGAAAACAGGCAGAAUUACAAAGCCUUUGAUAGCUUGGUGUAUUGGUACCUGUGCUAGUAUGUUCAAUUCUGAGGUACAAUUUGGUCAUGCUGGUUCUAUCGCAAAUUCCAAUCUUGAAACGGCUUCUGCAAAAAAUUCAGCGUUGAAGGCUGCCAGUGCAUAUGUUCCAAAUAGUUUCGAUAACCUUGGUGAUCUCAUACAAACCGUUUACGAACAAUUAGUAAAAGACGGCAUAAUAGUGCCAGAACCCGAAGUUCCAGUGCCGACAGUACCAAUGGAUUAUGGAUGGGCCAGAGAACUUGGUUUAAUACGUAAACCUGCAUCAUUUAUGACAUCAAUUUGUGAUGAACGUGGACAGGAAUUAUUAUAUGCUGGUAUGCCUGUAACUGAGGUUCUGAAGCAAAAUGUGGGUAUUGGUGGCGUUGUCUCACUUUUAUGGUUUCAACGCUGUUUACCCCCAACCUAUUGCAAGUUUCUCGAAAUGUCACUGAUGCUCACAGCUGAUCACGGCCCAGCAGUUUCUGGAGCUCACAACACUAUUGUUUGCGCACGUGCUGGGAAAGACCUAGUUAGCUCUCUCGUUUCGGGACUUCUAACAAUUGGAGACCGUUUUGGUGGUGCUUUAGAUGGUGCAGCUCGUAUGUUUUCUGAGGCGUAUGAUACUGGUUUACAUCCACAAGAAUUUGUAAAUAAUACACGUAAAAAAGGAGAACUGAUUAUGGGUAUUGGCCAUCGUGUUAAAUCAAUUAACAAUCCAGAUAUGCGUGUAAAACUUAUCAAGGAAUUCGUGUUAGAGAAUUUUCCAGCAAGACCUUUAGUUGAAUAUGCUCUAGAAGUUGAAAAAAUAACAACUAGUAAAAAGCCUAAUUUAAUUCUUAAUGUGGAUGGUAUUAUUGCUUGCUCCUUUGUCGAUAUGUUGCGAAACAGUGGCAGUUUUACAAGGGAAGAGGCGCAAGAAUAUAUUGAAAUAGGUGCCAUAAAUAGUUUGUUUGUUCUUGGUCGAAGUAUAGGAUUUAUCGGUCAUUAUAUGGAUCAAAAAAGAUUAAAGCAAGGUCUAUAUCGUCAUCCUUGGGAUGAUAUUUCUUAUGUACUACCUGAGCAAUAUAAUUGAAUUGUUAGUUAAUGAUGCUGAUACAGUAUGU